AUGAGUGCAAGGUUUUAUUUCAGCAUGAAUGUUUUUUUCUUCAAAUUACCUAAAUAUUCAAAUGAAAUCUGGAUACCCAUCCCCCAAGCAUUUUUGCUCCAGUCCCGUCCCCAGCCCGGUGCACUGACGCUGCAACGAUGGCCCGACGAAGCGGUGUUGCUCUCCUCAUUUUGGCAGCUCUGUGUGUUGCACCGACCUUCGUGGCACCGAGCGGCUCCCAGCCACCAGUGGACACUGCCCGUGUGGCGGCCAUCGCAGCCGGGUUGACCCCCCUGGCGUUGGAGCAGCCGGCCUCCGCCUAUGACAGCGUGGUGGCCAUGCUGCAGAGCCACUUGGAGGUAAGAAAUGUCAGAGACCUGUGCGAGUACGGGAACCUUCAUGGUCAUAAUCAUAGUGAUAACCUGUGA